AUGUCUACCAUCGUGUCGCCUGAUACCCUCGAGAUUGAUGCUCGGCAGGUUGAGAUUGUACGGGUGGUUGUACACACCUCAGAACCUGCCGGUCCGACCACUGGCGACAAUUACUGGUCCAUAUAUCUCGUUCUUGUCGGCAGUCAAGGAUCAUUUCAAAUCAACAUGAGAGCCGAACCUGGCUUCAUCGACGGCAUUUUGGAGUGGACACGACAGCUUUAUCUGCUCAGUACCUCGGCCAUUCGAAAAUGGGAUUUCCCGCGGGCAAAAUUCUUCAGAGUUUGUGAUGUUGCAAAGCACAUUCGUGAUGCUUGUCGCUUUCGAUAUGACAUGUCGGGCGGCGGACCCGGAUGCCGUUACUGGUCUCGAAAUCUCUGUGAGGGAGACCGAGUCCCUCUGAUGUCUUCGGACUGGUGGUCGCAAGGAACCUCCCCGACCCUCACUGUUUCCGCCGUUAUCGUCCUACUAUCUACGCUGCUCGUGGCCAGAAUGCUCUUCUCGUCCAAAAACCACUUCCCCGUCGAGGGGCUCACGGCCGUGGUGACCGGCGGCUCCCAAGGUCUCGGACUGGCCCUCGCGCAAGAACUCUCCGCCCGGGGCGCCAACGUGGUCAUUGUCGCGCAGAACGUCCCAAAACUCGAGACCGCCGUUACGACCCUCGCGAGCCGUGCCAAAAACGCCCAGUCCCAACGCUUCCUCUCUCUCUCCUUUGACCUCCGCGCUCCGGAGUCGGCACCAAAGAUCUUGGAGGAAAUCAAGACGUGGAAUAACGGGGAGGCGCCGGACUUGAUCUUCUGCUGCGCGGGGCACUGUUAUCCGUCAUUCUUCGCGGAUGCGCCUGUGGAUAAACUGAAGGAUCAGAUGGACACGGUCUACUGGAGCAGCGCGUGGAUGGCCCAUGCCGCCAUCAACAUGUGGAAGACACCAUCCCCCAAGGCCUCGGGUGAUGAGAACAAGUCGGCAUCUCGACCGAGACCGACUCGACACCUGAUAUUCACGUCCUCUGUUCUGGCCUUGUUCCCUGUGGCAGGCUACAGCCCAUAUUCACCCUGCAAAGCGGCCAUGCGGGCCUUGGCCGAUUCGUUGAACCAAGAGGUCGAGGUGUAUAACGGAUCUCGCCAGAACCCGUCCUCAGGUCCUGUGCCGGACGCCGACAUGAAAGUCCACAUCGUGUUUCCCAUGGGCAUCAUCUCGCCAGGGCUGGACAAUGAGAACAAGAUCAAACCCAGUUUGACGAUGCAACUCGAAAAGGACGACAAGCCGCAGCAGCCGGAGGAGAUUGCCAAGAUCGUUCUUCGACGUCUGGGGGCAGGCGACUUUAUGAUCAGCACAAUGUUCCUGGGCCACUUGAUGAGAGGAUGUGGAAUGAGCGGAAGCGUUCGCUCGAACAUUUCAUCGCAAAGUGCAAAAACUGGGGCAAACAGAAGGGCAUGA